CGAUCUGCACACGUGAUUAUAAAAUUCAGUCGUUAAAAUGGCGUCGGUAGCCAUUUCCACGGCGGUAAAGAAAAUAACAGAAUUAAGGGUUGUUGACCUUAAAUCUGAGCUCAAACGACGGAAUUUGGACACUACGGGUGUUAAAAGUGUCCUUCUCGCCAGACUGAAGCAGGCUAUCGAGAGUGAAGAUGCAGACUCCAGUAGUUUUGAAAUACAACCUCCUGUAGGCACAUCUACUCGUAAAAGAGGCAAAGGAAAGAAAAUGGACUUGAACUUGGACACAACCAUGGAAGAUGGUACGCCUUCAGAGGAAACAGAGGAGUAUGAGUCAGAGAAAGAUGUAACAGAUACAGAUGAUGGUACACGCGAAAAUUGUAAGCCUGCACUCAGCGAGGACAACCUCUCUCAGCCUGAGCCCGAGGCUGAGACCACUGCUGAAGCUGACGUUGAACCGGAGACAGAAGCCGCGCUCGCCAAGGCUGAUUCAGAGCCCGAGGUGACGAAUCCUGACACGGAUGCCGAGCCAGAGGUGGAUGCCGAGCCAGAGGUGGAUGCCGAGCCAGAGGUGGAUGCCGAGCAAGAGGCAGAAGCAGAUCCGGAGCCGCACGUCGAUGAUGGGGUGAAUGACGAACCCCGAGUCGACGAUCAGGCAGAGGCCGAGCCGCAGGGCGACGAGGAAGCCGAGCCUGAGGCGGACGGGGAGGCCGAACCUGAAUUGGAGUCCGAAGAAGAGAUGGCUGCCGAAGCCAUGGAUUCCUCGAAAGAAGCAGAGGAUGAUCACCUUUCUGUGUCGAUACAAAAUGAAGAUGCCAUCACCUUGGAUGUUGAUGGCGAUGAUCUUCUGGACACAGGUAAACAUGUGAAACUUCCAGAUUCAGAGGCCGACAAGGGCAACGACGAGCCCGAGGCCUCUGUCGAGGUGAUCACAGAUGAUGACAUGAAGAUGGAAGAAAAAGAUGGUAAGGAAGAUGACGGAGCCUGGGACGAGCCCUCAAAGGACGACAGAGAGGUCACAAAGAAAGCCGAAGCUGGAGAUAAAGAAAAGGAUUCUGGGAAGAAAGCACCCUCAUCUACUGGGGUAUCUGGUCAAGCAAAGAGCUCUUCACGAGACAGAGAUGGAAAAGCUGCAAAGGAUGAUAAGGUUGUCGGCAGCGGCAGCAACAUCAACUCCUCUCAUAACAUUUGGGUGAGCGGUUUGUCCUUCAACACCAAAGCAGCAGACUUGAAGAACCUCUUUGGCAAAUAUGGCAAGGUUUUAAGUGCCAAGGUCCUAACCAACGCCCGCAGUCCCGGUUCAAAGUGUUAUGGCCUGGUGACAAUGUCUUCCAGUGCAGAGGUGACGCGUUGCAUCUCCCAACUGGACUGCACUGAGCUUGAUGGCCAGCAAAUAUAUGUUGAAUGUGCCAAAAAUUACCCCUUCAAAAAAGAAUCGUCAAAGACCGAAUCAGAUGACAAGGAGAGUACCAGCAAAUCAAGUGAAAAGCGCAAUUCCGUAGGGACAAAGUUGUCUAGCAAGUCACAACAACCUCACAAAAAAGAUGACAAAUCUGGAGAAAAGGAAAAAGAUUUAUCCAAGGACACCAAAAGUGGUAAAUGUGAUACCAGUACUUCAAAUUCAUCCCAAAGUUCUUCCAAAAGAGAUGACAGAUCCUGUGGACGGUCAAAGAGUCCAGGCGGUACGGUGGAGGGAGAUCAGACCAAAGGAAAGUCAAAUUUUAUAAAAACAAAACCUUUUAGGAAAGCAAGAUAUUUUGAUAAGCCUUUUGCUCCUAUGCCCAUGCAAAGACGUCCUAAAUGGCUGAUACCCCCUGAAGAGCUGGAGAUGUUUAAAAACAAACAACGGUUUGUCAACAAGGAGGGCGGCUUUGUUCCUUUUGCGAAGAUAAAGGAGCAGAGUAUGCGUGAACGGAUGGAGCGUACUCGUCGGGCUACAGAGAUGCGCAGGCACCGCGAAAUGAUGGAACAGGCGCGCCGUGAUCGUGAGUGUGAAGAGCGGGAGAACCUCUUCCGUGAACGCCAGAGACUGGAGAUGGAAAGGCAAAAGCUGGAGAGGGAGCGCUUUGAGAGGGAGAAGCUUGAGAGGGAGAGAAUCCGAAUAGAACAAGAGCGGCGGAAAGAGGCAGAACACAUGGCACGCCAACAAGAGCUCAGACGACAGCAGGAGCACCUCCGUUAUGAGCAAGAAAAGAGAAACCUUAAAAGAGGCCGUGAUGUAGAACAUGGUCGGCGAGACAAUCCAUACUGGAAUGGCAACAAGAAGGUUUCGGCUGAUGCGCCCGAUGCUCGUCUUAAUCAAGGCCCCAACUUCAACAGGCCGCAGAACCGAUUCACCAACUUCAACACCCGCCAAAGGGGCCGCUUUCCACAGGCUGCUGUUGAGCAGACAAACACGUUUGACAGGCGCAACCGAUUUGACGGUGAGCCUGAAGCAAAGAAGAGUCGACUAAAUCUUCAGCGAGAAGGCACCAGCUUCGAGCGGUACCCCAAGAAUUUUGAAGCGGUGCGCCGGGAUGAGCCUCCUCCUUCGCGCACUGACCUCCGCGACACAGACCGCAGGGAUCGAGACGAAAGGCGGCCCAUCCAAAUGCACAAUCGCCCGAUGGGGUCCAGGAUGUCUGGCAUGACCCACACCCGCUCCCCCAGGGAGGGAGGCCACGGGUGGAAGGAUGACGCCGACAUGAAUGCCAACAAGGGCGAGCUACGCGGCCCCAUGCGAAUUCGUACGGAGCGACCUGGUAGAGACGAGCCCGGUCCCACACUUAGAGGAAGUUCUUCAGCCAGCCGAGGAAGAGGAUCUUUUAAUGAUCGAGAUGGCGGAAGAGCCAUCGUGAUGAAUAACCAGGCUUUCAACUCGGGCCGCCGAGUGGUGGUGCAGCGUCAAAGCAGGGAGCAAGGCAUGAGGAAGGAAUGGCAAGGUGGCUCAGCUUCUCAAGGAGGCGGAGGAGGAAGCAGCUUCUCUGACAAUCGCAGGAUGAGCAACAGUCGCAGCAGUAUGAUGUCGCCAUCGUCUGGUCACUCAUCUGGAAUGAGUCGCAUCGUCCAAAUCACCAGCAGCUCCAUUCCCAGCGGUGGCAGCACAGGCAACUUUAAGACUUUCAAAGGAACACGGCAGUUCUAAUGUUGAUCACAUCGAACCAAUAAAAAAGGAGGACCCUCUGCUGCAUUUUAUUUUUUAGAAUAUCUUUUAGGUGGCACAAACGCAUUGAUGGGGUAAAGACUUUUUAUUUUGUAUAAAAGUAUUCGUUAUAGUUUUGUUCUGACAUUUCCGCUUUGUGCGCAACUUGUAGAUUGUCAUAGGUCUGUAACGUAUUAUUUUUUUUCUUCAGUUGUCAUUUAUUUUUGUUUUUUAUUUUAAGGCAAUUUGUGCCCUCCUACCCCCACUUUUGAAUUAUUUGCCAUGUGGCAAAACAAGAGUUGCUGUCAUAACGUGUUUUAUAAAAUGAUGGAGUUAUAAUUUAGACUACAUGCAUACCGUUUCAAAACUGUCAGUUAAUGCACCUGUGAACGAAAUAAAACAUAUUGACUGUUUCCAUCUGA